GGCUGCUCACGGCGCUGGGGGCACACAAAGCGGGGGUGGCGGCGGGCCCUUUCCCGCCGCCCGUGAGGAGGCAGCCGGCCUCGCCUCCGCCCCGCCGCCAGUCUCGGCGCUGGCCGGGGGCAGCCCCGCGGCGCCGACCAUGGAGCCGCCGGUGCCGCAGCCUCAGGAGCAGCCGCCGCGCCCUCGGUCCCACACGGUCACCACCACCAGCAGCUCCUUCACCGCCAACCUGUCGGCCAGCUCAAGCACCCUUGCCUACGACAGGGAGUUCCUGCGGACGCUUCCCGGGCUCUUCAUGGUGACCGAGAUCGUACUGGGGCUUCUGGUGUGGACCUUGAUUGCUGGAACAGAAUACUUUCUGUAUCCAGCCUUCGGCUGGGUGAUGUUUGUAGCUGUGUUUUACUGGGUUCUCACAGUCUUCUUUCUGAUCAUCUACAUGACAAUGACCUACACCAGGAUCCCCCAGGUGCCAUGGACCACGGUGGGUCUGUGUUUUAAUGGAAGUGCCUUCGUUUUGUAUCUCAUUGCUGCCAUUGUAGAUGCAUCUUCAGUUACCGAAGAACUGGACAGUCACAAUUACAACAGCUGGGCAGCUUCUUCAUUCUUUGCCUUUGUGGUUACCUCCUGCUAUGCUGGAAAUACAUAUUUUAGCUUUAUAUCUUGGCAAUCACGAACUUUGCAGUAACUAUUUUGUUACAAUGAAAUCUGUAGUAUAAAAUAUCCUGAGGAUUAUACUCUUGACAAAAGCUUGGAAGAGGGAUGAGGUCUAUUUGAACAUUUCUGUUAGAAUUGACACUAUGUUCUUUGGGAUUAAAUGAUUAUUUAUAGUACAAUACCAUCUUUACAUCUAACAGUGUACUGCAUAGUAAAAUUUCUUACUGCUCCUUCUAAAAUUAACACCAUAUUUUUCUAGACAUUGUAUAGAUGUUGUUACUAAACCUUUAAUAAAUCUUACCUGAAGAAUGUCCCAAUUUUGUAAAUGUAACUUCUUAAACGUUACAGAUAUACUUUUGAUAUGGAAUGCUACAGAUUGAAACUAAGAUGGAUACUGUCUUGUUAUUAUGUAUAAAAAGUGGCACUGUGCAGGAAAAAUACCACCCAGAACUUUUAAAAUAAAUAAAUAAAUGACCCAACUGUGCAUGUUUUGUAACCUGGGAGUAGAAGGCUUUUUAAAAUUCUUUUUUGCAGUGAAAUAUAUGCUACUGAGAAUUCUGAUGAACCCCUCAGUUUGCAAAUUCUAACAGCUUACCACAGUCAUGAGAUUGCUUUUGGAAGCUGUUACUGUAGGCCUGAAACUUGCUAAAGGAAUAUCGUGCCUGAAAAACAUUAUCUUAACAGGUUUCACAAAUCCAGCAGGCUCCAAGGCUUAAGUCUAGAUGACAGCCCCUUGGUGCUCAUUGUUUAACCUACUGAGAACACGACAAAACACCUACAAAAGGUAGCACAUUUUGUUUCUCAGGGGACUGUGUUUCAUUUCUUUUCUCCUCAGAUUAGGCCAUUAAUCUGUCCUAAUUAAAAUCUGAGCUUCUAAAUCCUGUAGUAUGUAAUCCUCACGUAAAACUAUUGGUGAAUCUUUUAUUCCUAGAUUAAGAAGAUUUAGACUCUUUCCAGUCUUCCAAAACUUAGUUGGACAGUUAUAUAUGGUAGCAGAGAAAUCUUACUGCUUAAAAGAACUUCUUUAUUCCUCCCUGUAACUAAAUGGUGUGCACUUACUUGUGUGUGACCUGUAGCAAAGAAGACUUAUCAACAGCCAGCUAAUUCUGUACUCAAGAUCACAUUGUUUUGUUCCUGAUUACCUGUCAGAGUCACACGAUUUCAGUAUAAGGGAAGCCAAGAUAUUAUUUAAAAACCUGUGUUUGUCUGCACAUUGCAUCUGGCCCCCACAACAAAGGUCAGGCUGUCUGCUGCUGCUAAAAUUAUCCAGCUGUGAGGAAGAAAAAGGGCUACCAACUAUGCAUAUUAUCUACGCAGAUAAAACGUGCCAUUAAAAUCCCGUAUGCUCUUUUCCAUCACUGGAAAAAAAAUCAAAGGCAUAAAAAUGAUCCAAAUGUCAACUGAUAAAAUGUGACUAAAAAUAUAGCUGGAAUUAAAAUUUCAUGAGGAAUAAUGCUUUAGUAGUAAUAAAAAUUCUUUCUUAAAU